AUGGCCUCGCACUGGCUGGUGCCGUUGCUGCGGCGCGGCCACGGCUUCAGCCACGGCUUCCACCGACGUCUCCAACGUGGGCCUCGGAGCUUUGGGGCCUUUCGGGCCUUUCGGGCUGGCCGGGUGCUUUCUGCCGCCCGGGAUGCCUACACGGUCAUGGGCCUGGACCGCCGCGCUUCGCAGCAGGAGGUCAAGGAGCGCUUCCGUGUCCUCGCAAAGCAGUAUCACCCGGACCUGAACACCGGGGACCGCACGGCGUCUCUGAAGAUGGCGGAGUUGACCAGCGCCUAUGACACCUUAAUGGACCCCAAGAAACGGGCUGCGCUGGACCAGGCCACAGCGGGCACCUCGGCGGGUGCUGGUCCGGGCUCCAGCUACACAGGUGGCUUCCCCUACGAUGACAGCGACGGUUGGGUGUCUCCGUCCCAGAUGUUCUCGGAGUUCUCGGAUCUCUUCGGCCGCAACUCCCAGUUUCGCCCCAACAUGGACGCCUCUGCGGCACAGAGGGGCGAGGACGUCAGCACUGGCCUCGACGUCACCUUUUUGGAGGCCGCUCAGGGCUGCGAGAAGGUGGUCUCCCUGAGACUGAAGCAGGUGUGUCAGGACUGCCACGGGACAGGAGCGCGAGAGGGGACGACUUGGUCCAAGUGCCGUGUCUGCCGAGGAACCGGGGUACUCCGACAAGAAAAGGGUAUCUUCAGCAUGGGCCUUCCAUGCCAGAGGUGUCGAGGGAGCGGCAUGGUCUUGGACCAUCCUUGUCGAACUUGCCGUGGCGAGAGCACGGUGAUGAUGACCCGCGACAUUCGCAUCAAUGUGCCCGCAGGGGUUCGCAAUCUCAUGGAGCUUCGAGUCCCCGGUGCCGGGCACGCUGGUAGCCGGGGCGGAAAGGCGGGGCACCUCUUCGUGCAAGUGAAGGUGCUGCCGCACGAGAGGCCUGAAGAUCUAUGUCGGACCGCAAUAGACAUAGCAAACAACAGCAAAAGAGUACCCAGGACACAGGACUCCGACCACAGUAGACAUGGCAAUCAACAGCACUUUAUUGGUGGGUCUAGUGUUACGUGGCAUGGACCUUUAUAUUAUGGUUAUGUGCCCCGCGGCCUCCCCCCCCAAAGGUCAAUGGUCCGGAUUUAG